AUGACGACUUUGCUACUUCUCCUCGUGUUAGCUCUCUAUGCUGCAAAGCCGCUUGCCAUAUACUUCUAUGAUGCAAAAGGCUUUCGAAAGUACCACAAUUUGAAUUUCCUCUCUGGCAUCACGAGCUUGUCUUACGUCUGGGAGCAUAGGCGAAGCUUCCGAACAAGACGACUGUAUGAUCUUCACCAAAAGCAUGCUGUCAUUCGUCUUGGGCCCCGCGCACUUUCCUUCGCAGAUGUCAGAGCCAUCAAAGAUAUCUACGGCCACGGAACCCCCUGCCGCAAGGACGAUGUGUACGCACUCACGGCAGGAUCUCAUUCGCACAUGCUCAAUGUGGUUGAUCGUGACGACCAUGCACGCAAGCGUCGGAUGUUGUCAAAUGCCUUUGCAACCCGCAACCUGGAACAAUGGGAGUUCAAAAUUGUUGACAAAGUGGAGAGACUUCUCAUGCAAUUUGACCGACGGUGUACCUCACCGUCGCUCACAAGUUCUCACAUCGACAGUGAGGACCUAACGGUCGACUUCAGAUUCUGGUCCAACCUUUUCACUAUAGAUGCCAUAGCCGAUAUUGCUUUGAGCAUCAAGCUUGGCCAGUUGGAUUCGGCAUCAGAUGAAGUUCUAGCCUAUGGAUCCUCUCGACCUAUCAAAUAUAUCACAAGUCUGCAUCGUGGCAAUCGGUUCUCGUCUCGCAUCAUUGGAGCGACUGACUGGUUUCAUGUCCUUCGUUACAUGUCCACGGCGGUUUCCCCUUAUCUACGAUCACAAUGGAAGCACGCACAGAGAUUUGGUGAGAUAGUCCGCACGUUGGCUAGUCGAAGGUUGCAGCUUCAAGAGAGCAGCGGUAUAUCCAGCGAUCUCCUGGCAUGUUUGAUUGAAGAUAAAAAAGGUAAUGCCCGUGACUUAGACCGAGGCGAAAUUGACGCCGAGACUAUGGAUGCCGGCUCCGAUACAACGGCGAUCGCCUUGACAAACGUUUUGACGGAGGUAGCCAACAUCAAAUUCAAGAACGGUGUUGCCCCUUAUGCUGAAGUGAGAAAUUUGCCUUAUCUGAAAGCCUGUCUGGAUGAGUCGCUGCGGUUGUCGCCACCGGUCUCGCGAGGGCUGGAGCGCAAGACACCUCCUGAAGGCAUGCGAAUUCUUGGAGAGAACAUUCCUGGAAACGUCACCGUUAGCGUUCCCACAUACGCAGCUCACCGCGACCCGGAAACUUUCGCAGAUCCUGAGAUUUUUCGACCAGAGAGGUGGUUUGAAGACGAUGAAAGGGUUAAACAGAUGCGGGCUGUUUUCAUCCCCUUCAGUACCGGCUCUCGGGCAUGUAUCGGGCGCAACAUUACAUUUAUCGAACAGCAGAUUCUUGUUGCGACACUCGUCCAUCGCUAUGACUUCGCUUUGCCGUCUAAGGACUGGAUGUUAGAAUGGGAAGAGGCUUUCAAUCUUUGGCCUGCGCAGAUGCCGUUAAAGAUCUGGAGAAGGGACCAAGGGGCUGGGUUUGACGCCCUUUAA